AUGUGUUCUUCAUUCUCCUCCCCUUCCCGCUGUGAUAUUUGGGCUCUUCUCCUACUCGUCUGCCUUUUCGUCAUCUGCUCCGUCGAGGCCAUGCCAUACGCCGAGGAGCCGCUUUUCGUUGAAUCACUUGCGGAGGUCAACGCGGAGCCCCUGUUCGGCGAGAUGAAGCGCACGCGCAGCCACCUGGACAGCGUCCUCAAGAAGCCCGUCUUCAAUUUGGCCCAAUUCUGGAGGGGACAACGGCAA